AUGGAGUUUACUCCCAAAGAAACGGUGUUACGGCUGUUACAACGCUACGCAGUUGGGCCGCGUGCAAAGGAAGAUGAGUUCUUUCACGAUGGGAAUAUUUACCUCAAACCUUUCGCAAAGCUAGGAGUUUUAAGUGAAUUUCCCGACACUGACCCUGAGCCGGAAGAUGUUGAGAUAAGCUGCAACGUUCCCGAUUGUAACUUUUUCUGCCAAUCCGUUGUUGAUUACGAGCUUCACUACAAUGCUCAGCAUCGCUAUACAUGUGCACAGUGCAAAAAGUCUCUGCCGAAUGCACAUUUUCUUGAUCUGCAUCUUUCCGAAACGCACGAUUCAUAUUUCGCUGCUCAAGUACAAGCGGCCAACCGUCCGAUGUACGCUUGCUAUCUGGAGGAAUGCAAACAUCGCAGUAAAGAUCCGGCCGAGCGAAGAGAUCAUUGUAUACGGGAGCACAAGUUCCCCCAUAACUUCCGCUUUGAUAAGCAAAUGCAUAGCCACUCGAAGACAUCUAAAUCGUCUAAAACAAUCGUACCUAUGGACACUGAAAAUUGCACUGCAUCCCUUGCAAACACCUCUCUCGAAGGAGACAAACCUUUUGCUCCAAAGCCAAGGAAAAAUUUCUCCUUUGGUCAUCCCCAGCAGCGUACGUUUAAACCGGUAGUGAAAGCCCAAGGCAAGAGUAAGUGUGAUAUACUUGAAAAUAACAAAAUGGUGGUCGAUCUGCUUGACAGCCUGCCGCGCGAGUAAAACUCAG